UGGAUUGUAACAAAUGAAGCCCUUGGAAUUCUUAUAAAGUGCAAUAACUUCUUGCCCCCACAAUUUCAAGAUUUUCAAGAUUUCUCCUAUCUCCAACCAGAAGUAUGGGAUUUAAGCAGUGCUAUUCACAAUGGUAUGGCUUUGUCAAGAAUUAAAGGUAGGGGAGAUUGUAAUUUCCCAAAUUUUUUAUAAGAGGGUGGCAAAUGGAAUGAUACAUAAUAUUUCAAUUCAUUGGGCUGAUUUGGACUGGGGAGAAUGGGGGGUAGAUCUCUAAUAUGCACUUCGAGCUUGAAAGAUUGCACAACUAGUUGGAAUCCUUCAUUUGCCUUCUUCUUUACCCCCUGGAAUCUCAUCUCUCCUUAAUAUGUGGAAGUAUUUGUUUCAGUAGCGUUGGCAUCACAUCCACAUUAUGUCUCUGGUACUAUGGCAGAAGGGAUCUCCAGCUGCACCAUGGACUAUUUCAUAUAUUGUCAGUCCAUGUCUGGACACAUUGGUUUUGUAGUAUUGAUGUGUAAUAUUUUUUUUCUUAUGAUCAUUUUGUAAUGACAACACUACACUCUACAUAUUGCACAUGGGACAGAAGCGUGCUCUAAAUUGAGGUUUAACUUUGUCCUUCACUUUUGUUUUGUCUGACUCUUUAUAUUGCGUUGAACUUUAUUUGACCAGAGAGGUGAGUUGGGGUGUAAUCAGUGAGAUCAGAAUCAUCAUAUGGCGUUACAAAUCUCAGUCUAAAAUCAUGGAAGUGCUUCCUUAUUCUGGUGUCCAAUAUGUUGGAGAAUCUGAUUGUGCCCAGCAGAGUUCAGGAACGACUUUUACUCAUGAUAAUGAAUCUAACUGCCUCGAGCAUGGAAAGCAAGUUCAAGUGGCAGAUGGUCGACAGGAUGACUUAUUGCUAAAUGUGGAAGGGUCUCGAGUAGCAAAAACAGAUGAAGUCCUUGGGACAUUUGAUGAAUUGCCUUCUCCAGAAGGCCACUGCUGUGGAGCUCCAUAUUGUGAUUGUCAGUUGGAGGGUCAAAAUUUAUCUUCUGGUUCCCGUGAUUUUGAAGUUGAUGAUGUAAAUGCACAGAAUCGUAGCUUGAAACCUUGCAGAGUCUCUGAGAGCUCUCAUAUAAUUGUGCAUACCAUUGAAGGUGAAUUGCCAAACAACAGGGAGGAGGAGUCUUCUCUUUCAGAUCCCACGUGGUUAGAAGGGGAUGAAUCAGUGGCACUGUGGGUCAAGUGGAGAGGAAAGUGGCAGGCAGGAAUCAGAUGCUCGAGGGCUGACUGGCCAUUGGCUACUUUAAAAGCAAAACCAACACAUGACAGAAAGAAGUAUUUGGUGAUAUUUUUUCCACACACAAGAAAUUAUUCAUGGGCAGAUAUGCUACUUGUCCGUCCAAUAGAUGAAUUUCCUCAGCCUAUUGCAUAUAAGACAUAUAAAGUAGGAUUAAAAAUGGUUAAAGAUUUAACUGUUGCACGCCGAUUUAUCAUGCAAAAGCUGGCUGUUGGCAUGCUGAAUAUCAUUGACCAUUUUCAUGCUGAGGCUUUGAUAGAGACUGCUCGCGAUGUGAGGAUCUGGAAGGAGUUUGCUAUGGAGGCAUCCCGUUGUGACUGUUAUUCUGAACUUGGAAGAAUGCUUUUGAAGCUGCAGAAGAUGAUACUUCAGCAUUACAUAAAUUCUUACUGGCUACAACAUGAUUUUCACUCUUGGGCGCAAGGAUGUGAGAAUGCACAUAGUGCUGAAUCCAUCGAAAAGCUGAAGGAGGAUUUGUUUGAUUUUAUUUUGUGGAAAGAAGUCAACUCUCUCUGGGAUUCACCUAUGCAACCCACAUUGGGUUCUGAGUGGAAAACCUGGAAGCAUGAAGUUAUGAAAUGGUUUUCAACAGCUCAUCCAGUAUCCAGUGCCAGAGACGUGCAGCUGCAAACAAGUGAUGAUCUCUUGAACACAAAUCUCCAACUUAGCAAGAAGAGGCCAAAGCUUGAAGUUCGUCGUGCAGAGCCACAUGCUUUUGGAGUGGAAACAUUUGUAUCUGAUCAAGCAAUAACUCUUGAGAUUGACUCUGCAUAUUUUAAUGGUCAAGAUACUAUAAGUGCUGCUACAUCAGCAUCACAACACUGUAAAGGGGACGAGAGAAAGGAGGUAGCUGCUCCUACAGGUACACCUUGUUGUGUGGUUAAUAAAUGGGACAACAUUGUAGUUGAACCUGAAAAUUCUGAGUUAAUUCAAACCAAAGAUAUGGAGUUGACACCUGUGAAUGAAGCGGCUACUACUGAAUCCUUGGAACCUGGGAGUAAGAACCGACAAUGCAUCGCAUUUAUAGAAGCUAAGGGAAGGCAAUGUGUGAGGUGGGCAAACGAUGGUGAUGUUUACUGCUGUGUGCAUUUGUCUUCUCGGUUCAUAGGUAGCUCUGCUCGAGCAGAAAGAACUGCCUCGGUUGGUACCCCGAUGUGUGAAGGUACCACUGUUCUUGGUACUAGAUGUAAACAUCGAUCUCUAUACGGCUUCUCAUUCUGUAAGAAACACAGACCUCAAAGUGAAUCAAAAGGGACAUUAAACUUCCCAGAGAUGGUUAAGAGAAAGCAUGAGGAGGACCUUCCCAGUUCAGAAACCACAGAACGCAAAGAAAUGGCAUAUGUGGGAGAAGUUGAAAGUCCCCUUCAAGUGGAUCCAAUCUCAGUCAUGGCUGUUGAUGCCUUCCAUGGAAGGAACAGCUUAACUGAAAAGCCUGAGCAUCCUGGCAAGGAUUGCAAUGGAACGGAGAAGCUGCACUGCAUAAGCUACUACCUGCCCGAUAAUCUCAACCCAUGUCUGGAAAGUCCAAGGCACCAUUCAUUAUACUGUGAGAAACACCUUCCAAGCUGGCUUAAACGUGCAAGGAAUGGUAAGGAUAGAAUUAUUUCAAAAGAAGUGUUUGUAGAUCUUUUGAGGAAAUGUUGUUCACAGGAGCAAAGGUUGUGGUUGCAUCAAGCGUGUGAGCUUUUCUACAAGCUCUUUAAAAGUAUUUUAUCCCUGAGAAACCCAGUGCCUAGGGAGGCUCAAUUUCAGUGGGCCAUAUCUGAAGCCUCUAAAGAUUUUAGUGUUGGCAAUUUCUUUACAAAGUUGGUUUACCGUGAGAUAGAGAGACUUAGAGAGAUUUGGGGCUUCAGUGCUGAUGAAAUUGCACGAGUUUCCACCUCUGUCAUGGAAGAACAGGUGGUGUUGCCAAUGGCAGUCGAUGAUAGUAAUGAUGAUGAAAAUGCUGUUAGGUGCAAAAUCUGCUCAGAGGAGUUUCUUGACAAUGAAGCACUUGGUAGCCACUGGAUGAACAUUCAUAAAAAGGAAGCACAAUGGCUGUUCAGAGGUUAUGCUUGUGCCAUCUGCCUUGAUUCCUUUACUAAUAAGAAAGUCCUGGAAACACAUGUGCAAGAGAGACACCAUGUGGAAUUUGUGGAACAAUGCAUGCUUCUCCAGUGUAUUCCUUGUGGAAGCCAUUUUGGGAACACUGAAGAGUUAUGGUUGCACGUCCUUUCAGUUCAUCCUGUUGAUUUCAUGCCAUUAAAAGCUGGUCAACAGCGUAAUCUGCCUGCUGGUGAGGAUUCUCCACAGAAAUCUGAGCUCUGCAAUACAGCUACUGUGGACAAUAACACUGAGAAUCUAGGGUGUUUCCGAAAGCUUAUUUGCAGGUUUUGUGGGUUGAAGUUUGAUUUACUACCUGAUCUUGGCCGUCACCAUCAAGCUGCUCAUAUGGGGCCAAGUUUGGUCAGCUCUCACCCCUCAAGGAGGGGGAUACGUUAUUAUGCUUAUAGAUUAAAAUCUGGAAGACUCAGCCGUCCUAGAUUUAAAAAAGGUCUAGCAGCAGCAUCAUAUAGAAUCAGGAACAGAGCCAAUGCCAGUAUGAAGAAACACACUCAGGCAUCAAAGUCACUAAGCACUGUAGGGGUAACUUUACAGCCUCAUGUAACCGAGAAGGCAAGUCUUGGUAGAUUGACAGAAUCCCACUGCUCUGCAGUUGCAAAGAUUUUGUUUUCUGAAUCUCAGAAAACCAAACCUCGGCCUAACAACCUUGAUAUUUUAACUAUUGCUCGUUCUGCUUGCUGCAAGGUCAGUCUUGUAGCAUCCCUGGAAGGGAAGUAUGGUGUAUUGCCAGAACAUUUGUAUCUGAAGGCAGCCAAGCUCUGCAGUGAGCAUAACAUUCAAGUUGACUGGCACCAAGAGGGGUUUAUAUGUCCUAAAGGUUGUAAGGCGUUCAAGGACCCAAACUCACUGUCUCCGCUGUUGCCUUUUCCAUGUGACUCUGUGAGGUACAGAGCUGCACAUCAAUUAGAUCCAGUUAAUGAUGAGUGGGAGGUGGAGGAGUGCCAUUAUAUCGUUGACUGCCACCAUUUGGGACAGAAGUCCAUGCAAAAGGCAGCUGUCUUGUGUAAUGAUAUAAGCUUUGGGCAGGAACCAAUUCCAGUGGCCUGCAUUGCCAAUGAGGGUGUCUCGGAUUCUUCACACAUCUGCGAAGAUGGCUCUGAUUGCCCAAAUGUGAUGCCUUGGGAAAGCUUCACAUAUGUCAUGAAGCUGUUUCUUGAUCAAUCUGCUGGUGGCGAUACAGAGAGCCUACAAUUGGGUUGUGCCUGCCCAAAUUCAACAUGCAAUCCUGAAGCAUGUGAUCAUGUAUAUCUCUUUGAUAAUGACUAUGAUGAUGCAAAAGACAUUUAUGGGAAACUCAUGUGCGACAGGUUCCCAUAUGAUGAGAAAGGCCGGAUCAUCUUGGAGGAGGGUUACCUUGUUUAUGAAUGCAAUCAUAUGUGCAGUUGCAGUAGAACCUGUCGUAAUAGGGUUUUACAGAAUGGAGUAAGGGUGAAGCUGGAAGUCUUCAAAACGGAGAAAAAGGGAUGGGGACUCAGGGCAGGUGAAGCAAUCCUGCGUGGCACAUUUGUAUGUGAGUACAUUGGGGAGCUCUUGGAUGAGAAGGAAGCAAACAAGAGGCGGCACAGGUAUAGGAAAGAGGGUUGUGGCUAUCUGUAUGACAUUGAUACUCAUUUCAAUGACGUGAGUAGAUUGAUUGAAGGACAGGUCCGAUAUGUGAUUGAUGCAACAAAAUAUGGAAAUGUUUCCCGGUUCAUCAAUCACAGCUGCUUGCCAAAUCUUGUGAGUUACCAAGUUCUUGUGGAAAGCAUGGAUAGUCAGCUUGCACACAUAGGUCUUUAUGCAAGUCGAGAUAUAGCUUUGGGCGAGGAAUUGACAUUCAACUAUCGGUAUGAGCUGGUCCCUGGAGAAGGAUAUCCAUGUCACUGUGGAGCUUCCAACUGUAGGGGCCGCCUUUAUUAAAACUUCAAUGUGCUCUGCCAAUCCAAUCUAGACAAUCAUCCUGUGCCUAAAAUUCUAUUGCUGGGGAAUGGGAGAAUCUGAGAUGGGAACGUCAAUCCAAUUACCAACCGGCCCACUCUCCAACAUUCUUAUUGAGGUUUUGUCUUAACUUCUGAUCCUGCACAUCAUAGCGUCCAACCUUUCCCUUUUGUAGAUAAUAUAGCUUAAGCUAAUUAUUUAUGCUCCCCCCCUCCUCUCCCUGUAGAUCGUACCUAUGUUGUAUACAUCUUUCUAUGUAUGAACGAGGAUGACACCUCAUUUUGUUUUCAUUUGUUAGCGAGUUGUAAUGUUUCUUCUUAUGGAGUGCAUGAAUGGUGAAAUGUUUAAUUUCA